GUCCCAUGUGAACAGAAGUGGACUUCUGGACGUUCGUGUCUCCGUCCCUCAGGAUGGCUCUCCUCCACAGUGUCCUCUGGCAGGCCUUCAGUUGGACGGGCCUCCGCCUGGUUCUGCAGGGGCUCGGGACGGGCCUGGUGGCCGCCGCUGCAGCGUGGACCGUGAGGCUGCUGGCGCGUCACGUCUGGUACUCGCACAGGUUGUCCUGCUUCAGCAAGCCCCGAACCCGCUCGUGGCUGUUGGGACACCUGGGUCAGAUGCAGAGCACAGAGGAAGGUCUCCAGCAGGUGGACGACUUGGUGCAGACCUACAAACACUCCUGCUGCUGGUUCCUCGGGCCUUUCUAUCACCUGGUCAGAGUCUUCCACCCUGAUUACGUCAAACCUCUGCUGACGGCAUCUGGAAGCGUCACUGUGAAGGACGAGCUGAUCUACGGCCACCUGCGUCCGUGGCUGGGACAAAGUCUGCUGUUAAGCAACGGGGACGAGUGGUCCCGCCGGAGACGGCUGCUGACCCCGGCUUUUCAUUUUGACGUUCUGAAGAACUACGUGACGACGUUCAACUCCUCCACCAACACCAUGCACAGGAAGUGGUCCCGCCUGGUGGCUGAAGGAACGACCAACAUCGAGAUGUUCGACCACGUCUCUCUGAUGACUCUGGACAGUUUACUGAAAUGCGCCUUCAGCUACAACAGCAACUGUCAGGAAUCUGCCAAUGAGUACGUGGCGGCCAUCGUGGAGCUCGGUGACCUGGUGAUCGACCGCCGCUUCAGGAUUUUGCACCACUGGGACUGGAUGUACUGGAAGACUGCGCAGGGGAAACGCUUCAAACGGGCCCUGAGCGUCGUCCACGGAUUCACCCGGGAAGUGGUUCAGAAGCACCGAGCGCUCAUCGGCCAGCAGCAGGAGACAGAAGCACGAACGGACCUGACGACAGCGCCGCAGAAGAAGAAGGACUUCGUCGACAUCAUCCUGCUGUCCAAGGAUGAUGAUGAGCAAAGUCUAACAGACGAGGAAAUCCAGGCCGAGGCCAACACCUUCAUGUUUGCAGGUCACGACACGACAGCCAGCGCCGUCAGCUGGACGCUCUACAACUUAGCUCGACACCCGCAGCAUCAGGAGACCUGCAGACAGGAAGUGAUGGAGCUGAUGCAGGGACGAGGCGGGUGGGCCCUGGAGUGGGAGGACCUGUCCAACCUCCGCUUCACCACCAUGUGCAUCAGAGAGAGCCUCCGGCUGCACUCACCGGUCCAGGCGGUCACCAGGACGUACACUCAGGACAUGGCGCUGCCUGGGGGGCUCUCGGUACCAAAAGGUGUCAUCUGUUUGGUCAGUCUUUACGGAACGCACCACAAUCCUGCCGUCUGGACAAACCCACAUGACUUUGAUCCUCUGCGUUUUGAUGCCGCCAACGCCGGGGGCCGCUCGUCUCACUCCUUCAUCCCCUUCUCGUCGGGCCCCAGGAACUGCGUCGGACAGAAGUUCGCCAUGGCCGAGCUGAGGGUGGUCGUGGCCUUGACCCUGCUCAGGUUUCGCCUGAGCCCGGGAGCCGACCCAGAAUCAGGGAGCAGCUCUGAGGGGGUGCGGCGUCUCCCCCAGCUGGUGCUGAGGGCCGAGGGGGGGCUGUGGCUGCAGCUGGAGCCUCUGGAUGUACCAGGGCAGUGA